GAACGUCGACCAAUGGCGCACAGUAUGUAAAAGUUGUUUAGUAAUUUAAUACCACGUUUAAAAUUUUGUUUCGCAAAAAGGUAUGGAGGGAUUUCAAGAGCCGUACUAGUAUUAAGGUGCGUGAUAGAAAACGAAAGCAGGCAAUGACGGGAAACAAUCCCAUUAAUGAAGAGCCACCCACUGAGCUUGAGAGGCGUGUGAUUGCCCUUGUCGGUAGCGACUAUGUGCAGGGCAAUGAAACUGUUGCUGAAAGUGUGCCAGUGGAAGAGGAACUCCAACUUCGUAUGGAAGAGGGUGAUGAAAAUGUCAUCAUAAAGAUGGCAUCUAUUUUCCACGAAGUCAGUAUUGAGAUGUGCACAUCGACUCCUGUAACUCCUGCAGGAAAAACGCCUCGUAGAGGUGCAAAAAGAAGGCGUGUGGACGUUGGUACCGAGGCCCAAAAAACGUUUUUGGAAAUUGUUCAGACCCAAGCAAAUGCCUUAAAAAUGCUAGCAGAGUCGAGUGCAGCGAAUGUACAAAUAGCAAGUAGACAAGCAGAUGCUUUGAAGUUGUUAGCUGAAACAAGUACGGCGAGUGUGCAGGUAGCGAAAUCGUUGGCCGAAGCUAUGAACACAAUGGGGGAAGGUUUAAAGGCAUGUGCGGAUGCCUUUAAUAAUUUAACAAACGCUAUCUACCGCAUGUAAAUAUUGUGUAAAUAUGUAGUUUUUGAAGUAAUUUUUUGUUUUUAUAUUUAUGUUAGUUUUAAG